AUGUUCACCGUAAAGGCCACAUAUCGUGGUCAGACUAGAAAGAUUUCCUUUGCGAAUGUCAAUACCUUUCCUUCCUUUGAGGAGUUGUGUAACCAGCUCUACCGAGUCUUCCCUAUAAGCCAUAAUUACUACUUAUCGAAACUACUCUUCUCUCCCUCAAAUCAGGCGUCUCGUAUCCUUAUCGCCAAAGAAGUUCACUCAGCGGACGAUUACGACCAAUGUGUCGGCCCCUUUCUUCAUCAGUCUUGGUCAAAUCCUUUGUUGAGGUUUGCAGUGUACGAAGAAACGCCUCACAAGGCUCCUGGUGCAUCGUCUGCAUCGUCAGUGCGCUGGUCAGCGUACAGCGCCUCGGACACUGUUGUGGACAAUGAUUCCAGUGUAUCUACCGUACUCGGCUAUGGUCUUGGUUUGCCCAACACCUCGCCUGCUCCGAAUCAUGUACCUCUGCCGCUACCGAUGCCUUUCAUGGUUCCACCACCACCCAUCAUAUACUCCUCCCCUCCUCGUGCAUACACCCAAGCUCCCAUGGAUGUGGACACUGCGCCAGCUUCGCAAACAUACCGGCCUCGGCCUGGGGCACUACUCAGCCCGCAGGCUCCACCACCACCACCACCACCCGCACCGCGAGCCAGCUCGCCGCAGCGUUGUGCCUGUGUAGAUGGCAAGAAACAAAUCGAAGACCUACUUACGUCUUUCAAAGCCGAUCUCGACAACGUUUUGACGUCCACCUUUGGCUCCUCUCCUACUCAUGGGAGUAACGCUGGGGUGCCACGCAGCCCUCCCGUUCAAGUACAGCAACCCAUAUCUCCACCGAAGAUGCAGACGACUUCGUUGGAUCAAUCUUGGUCGUGUAUCGCUCACUGGUGUGAUACAUGUAUGAAGAGGUUUUCAGGGCCUUGGCACGCUUGUCUGAAGUGCCCUGUCAUUCAAUGCACGGGCUGCCAAUCAGCCUUCCCUAAUGGACAUAUGAUCUGCCAGUAUAGCUCUGAUAGCCUGCAUUCCUUCAGCAAGAGGACGUGCCCUUCUUGUCCUCGACCAUGGUCUCCUCUGCGAUCAUGGCAGCCGCCAGUCACCGAGCCGGCAUCUUCAACAUCUUCGGCCUUUUCUACGCUGCCACCCCUACCUAAUUUAGCUCCUGCGCCGCCCCCGCCUUGUCUUUACGUACCUGGUAAGCCGAUACUGCCAUGGGAACAAAUCUACACGCCGGCCCCUGUCUCGGCAUUUGUCCCGCCUAGUCCAUCCGUCGCCAGCCCGCGCCUAGUCCCAGAUGCGCCUGCCUUACCGUGUGUGUCGCCCCCCGCAGCGUCGCCUAACGCUCCGGUUCAAGAUGCAAACACACCCGCUGUUCCUCCGGUGGUGGUUCACGAAGGUAUUAUCUGCGAUGCGUGCAAUGGCACUGUUGAAGGAGUCAGGCAUAAAUGCCUUGACUGUCCAGACUACGACUUGUGCACGGGAUGUAUCAUGUCUGGAUCCGCUGAACGUCACAAUCCAUUCCAUGAAUUCUUCGAGAUCUCGGAACCGGGCCGUGUUAUCGUCCACACUGUGUUCAGCGGCGAGGGUGAAAGGGAACCCACCCCUUCGACUCGUGCUCCCCCAGCCCCCGCCGCGCCCACAGCGGUAUCGCCCCCCGUUGUCGAAGCGGUCCCCGUUCACGCGGCUAACUGUGAUAUGUGCGACUCUCGCAUUCAUGGUGAUCGAUACAAAUGUCUCGUUUGUCCAGACUUCGAUACUUGCAGCAGUUGCUUCGCCAUUGCAGACGAGCAACACCCGCAGCACUCGUUCGUUAAGAUAACUGACCCCAAGCAAUACAUUCGACGCGCAUCGUCUAGGCAAGUCACCCAGGUGGCGAGGCAUUUCGCAACAUGCGAUAUAUGCAAACAUGGCAUCAACGGCAUUCGAUACAAGUGCAUGCAUUCUGACUGCCCUGACUUUGAUCUAUGUGAAGCCUGCGAGGCCUUGCCAAUUCCCGUACACCCGGCUACGCACCCGCUCCUGAAGAUGAGGUCUGUCGACACGAUCAUUCCUACUGUAUACCGCGGCGCGGCUCGCGUUCCGUCAAGGGUAGCAUCGCCGGCACUUUCGUACUACGACCAAGUUGCAUCUCCUCGCCCAAUGCCCGCCGGUGCCAGGCUUUCGCAAUCCCCUAUUCCUCUUCCUCCUUCGUUUUCGGUCCCUUGUCCUCCUUACCCCGUUCUAGGAUUCUCGGCGCCCUCGUCCCCUGAAAGGUCUCACUUCUCUGCGAGUCCACCAUCGCCGCGCUCUCCAGCCCUCAGCAUCCCUGGGGGCUUUGACUCGCCUCGUUUGAACGCCGCUUCACCUGAACCUGGUCUCAUCGCUAACCAUAAUCAUAAUUUCGCUGAUGGUCUUUCUCUUUAUGCAUACCCGACGCUCUCGCCUUCGACACCAUCCUUGACCGCGCGUCCUCCGAUCCCGCAGUUCGUUCAGCAGGAAGAAGUCACUGUUUCGCUCUCGGACAGCUUCUCCCCUCAAGUACCUGCGAUCAGUACUCCAGAGCCUGCCAUUGUUACCUCGAACGCUUCUUCCGGACGCGCCACUCCAGACCACAAGACGUCCGAUGCUUCGGCGCCUUCGGAGGGCUCUUCUUCGACAUUCAGGCUUCCUCCUCUCUCGCUAGACAACGGAAGUGAUUUGCUUCGCGAGUUUUGGCCACGCGUCGCCCAAGAAUUCAACCAUCUACUCUCACUUCAGACAGACAACGGGGCUCAGGUGUCAACUCCAAACGUGUCUACCGAGUCACCGCUCACUGGUGAGGCAUUACUGUCGCGCCCACUUCCUUUCACUGUCCCCCGUCAUGUUCUAUCAACUCCCGACGUGUCUGCGAAUGCGUUAAGCUCACUUGCAGCCCUCCUCAAUGUAGACGUUACGCAGCACCGCGCCCCUUCGCCACCCAAGGAGGCGACCCCUAAGUCUCCUAUCGUCAAGCUUCCCAAGUCUGAGGAUGCUACUGUGAACCCGCCUGUCGCCCCGGUGGUUAUCUUGCCGCCCAGCGUCUCUCCCCCAGUGGCUCCCAAAAUUGCUACCCCGAUCCCCGAACCUCCAGUCGUUCUUCAUGCUACUUUUAUAGAAGACAUCACUGUUCCCGAUGGACAAGUCUUCCCACCAGGCGCGGAAUUCGUGAAGACCUGGAAGAUGCUCAAUGACAGUGAUAAACCUUGGCCUGAGAACACGGAACUUGUUUACGUUGCUGGGGACACCCUAUCCCGCGGCUCCUUGACUCCGAAAUCAGUCGGGUUUGUUGCAGGGAACACAGAAGUUGAAUUGUCCACUGGUGAACUCAAGGCUCCCGAUACCCCAGGACGAUAUGUCAGUUACUGGAGGUUGCGCGCUGGCAACGGCGGUCUCUUCGGAAACAGCAUUUGGAUCGAUAUCACUGUUCAGGAGCCCAGUCGAAGGUCGACAUCCGAUUUUUCGCCUUCGUCGUCUAUUAUUGUCCCCAGUAAGGCUCAGACGGCAUCUGAAGCCGGAGCCCAGACCAUGCCCAUAACCGAGCAAAACCUUUCUUCAAUGCCGUCGUCUACUUCUAUCUCAGCAACGGUGUCGCUCGCAUCCACCAACACUGACGUUGCUUCGGACGCCGGAUCUGUUGGCUCUGAUGUAUCUUUGAUCAGCAUGCCUUCCAGUAGUGUCGCUGACUUCGACGACGAUGAGGAUGAAGAAGAUGAGGCGGUUGUGUGGGAAGACAGUCGAUCGCACUUCUCGAACGAACGUCCCCCGACCAAUACUGAGAAUAUCGAGUACGUGUUGUUGUUUGACGACAAUUCAUCAGAAGAGGGUUUGUAG